UGCGAGUGGACACAUUCUAAAUCUUUUCCAUGACCACUAAAAUGAAAAAGCUGAAAGCCUUGCGUUUCCACUUCCUGGUUAACCGUGUCAGAGGGGUUUCCGUCCCCCCGGGACCAACUGACGAUGAGGACCAGGAGGAUCUUGAGAUUAUCGAGACAGACAGUGUUUUCACCCAGAGGAGAAACAGUGGUGCCCUCAACCCAGCCAGCGAACUGUUACAGCACGUAAGCAGCUCUGAGGACUCCAUUGAGCCCAUGCUGAGCGAUGCCAGCAGUAUCUUACGGAUCAAUCAGAUUCACCAGAUCUCGAAGUACCUACCUCCCAGACUGGUUCAAUGCACAUGGACGUUGGCGUACAGUGCGCUGAGGCAUGGGACAAGCUUAAGGACGCUGUACAAGGGGACACUCGGGCUGGACUGCUGCACGCUCACAGUCAUCAAGGACACUUGUGGGCAGGUGUUUGGUGCUUUUUGCUCAGCCCCUCUUAAAGUUAGUCUUUCAUAUUAUGGAACUGGACAGACCUUUCUGUUUUCGUUUUCACCUCAUCUUAAGGUUUACCGAUGGACUCGUGGCAAUUCAUAUUUUGUUAAAGGGAGCAUGGAGUCUCUAGUAUUUGGUGGGGGAAGGGGUCACUUUGGACUGUGGGUGGAUGAGGACCUGCACCACGGCCGGAGCCAAAGGUGUGAGACUUUUGACAAUGACAUUUUGUCCACUGACGAAGACUUCCUCAUAAAUGAUCUAGAGGUGUGGGCUCUCUCUUGAACCAUAGACUCCAAAGACAUUGUGGAUCAUUCUGACAGUUGUGCAUCCCUCUUGCUGAGCAGUUUGAUGUAAUGCUCAUAAAAAGUGAAUACUAUUCCUGACCAGUUCAUUACUGCGUUGUCCUCUAGGAACUAUACAUCCUCAUGAAUAUUCAUUUUAAACAAAGAAGUGGGGAACAAAAAAGUGAUGUGAAAAAAACAAUUCAGAAAACAAUCAGUGAUGAAACCACAGAUUAUGUGACAGUGAUUUUGCCUGCGAUUAAUCAUAAGUAAAGCAUCAUUCUGAGAAGGGGACUUGUUGCUCACAUCUAUCUGAAAGUUGUGUGAGAAAACAUGGAGCGUGACAUUCAUCUGAACAAGAACUGCCUUUAGAGAUGAAACAUGCAAAAACGUUGCCAUGCAGGACACAGGAUUGGUACAGUAUACUGGCACAAGGCAGCAUUAGUAUUAUUGUCCCAACUGGCAACGUGUGGAAACGAAGUAGCCCGUAUACACAGGUGUUAAGGGCAAUGCUGCCCCCUGGCGUUGAAAAAGCACUUUAUGAAAACAAUUUCCCCUCUCUCGUUCCGAGCUUCACCGCCGCGAAAGCUUUGUCAGUACGUUCGUUCGGGAGUCCAGGCCAGGGGAUGACAGCCAGAGUCUAUAAGGUCUGUAUUUCUUCCCCAUAUUAUACUAAAACCACGAC